AGUUAUCCAAAGCCCAGCAAAGGAGUUUGCCUUCUUGUUGAAAUGGAUCCAGCCAGCGAAACAGCCCAACAGAUGACGACGACGACGACGUCCAUUUGCAAUCCGACGGUUAGGAUCAUCUUCGCUUCACUUAUCAGGUCAGGAGAAGGAGAAGAGAACACAACACGCAUUCCAUUCCACCACGACACACAUAUAAAUGCAGUCAGUGACUCAGUGUAGGAGGAAGAAGAAGAAGAAGAUGGCCUCCUAGGUGUAUAAGAAGAAAACAAUUACCACCCCCCUCCCCCCCACCAGAAGAUAGUCUUUCUAUAGAGAGAACUUGGUCGAAUUGUGAUUAAUCUGGUUAUUUCUUUGAUUCCAAGGAAACAACAACCAACAAUGGUUGUUUUUCUUCGUCGGAGAAAAUCGCAUCUUUCUUUCUGGCUUCUCUGACAUGGAAAAAUUCAUUUUCUUGAUUUUCUAGCAAGAUUUGCUCUGGGUUUCUUUCAACCGCCGUAGAUCUCAAGAUAUGGAGAAAGAAGAGAAGAAUCAGAAUCAGAACGUGUGUAGCAAGCCACCAGAACUAAUGAAGUGGAGUGAAUUGAAGAGAAGCAGGUGUCCUAGGAGUAGGAGAGUCGGAGACCACGGAAAUUCCUACCAGUCCUAUCUCGACAGAGUUCGCCGGAAAAUCACCACCACUCCCUCCUCCUCCGACAAAGAGAUCUCUCUUCUUCAACCCACUCGCCUCUCCAGGAAUUCUGAGGGGGUUGCUCUGCUGCAAUCGGAGAAUCGGAAAACUGGAUCUGUGUCACCGGAGAAGGAGGAGAGAAAUUACGCGAGGAGAGGGUCGGCGGCGGGGUGGUUGGAUGAGAAUAGUAUUGACAAAGCUGGUGGUUCAACGGAUGGAGGAGGAGAAAUACAAAGAGAAAGAGGAAUUGAAGAAAAUAGAAGUAGGAGGAGGGUUGUUUGGCCAAAGCUGUAUAUUACUCUGUCAAGCAAGGAGAAAGAGGAGGAUUUUAUGGCCAUGAAAGGUUGUAAACCCCCUCACAGACCUAAGAAGAGGGCCAAAAUCAUCCAAAGAACCUUACUCCUGGUAAGUCCAGGGGCAUGGUUAACUGACAUGUGCCAAGAGAGAUAUGAAGUCAGGGAGAAAAAGAGUUCUAAGAAGAGACCGAUGGGAUUGAAGGCCAUGGGAAGCAUGGAAAGCGAUUCAGAAUGAAGAGGAGGAGCCUAGGAGGUGAUUUCUACUUCAGAAACGGAGAGAUUUGCUUCCUUUGGAUUCUUAUUACUCCAUUGUUUCUGGAAUUUUUUAUUUUUAUUUUUUGGUCUCUGUUUCUUGUUUUAUGGUUACUAUUUGUCAAUCUAGGAAUAGUUUGGGGUUAGGAGAGACCAGCCUCCACUGUUCUUGUAUAGUAGGAGUAGCGUACUAGUAUUGACUUUUUAGGCAAAGAAAUUAAUUUUUAAAUAUUAAUUUUGACAUUAUCUUGUUUGUUC